UUGUUUGUCACUCUGCAACUCACUCCAUCAUCUUCAGCUUCCAAUUUCCUUAUCCAUCCUAACAUUUUCAAACAACAAUGAGAGUACAACGCCAUUGACUACCAAACAUGGCCUUCACAGCCACCAAAUUCUCCGAAUUGCCCCUCCGAAAUUCACUCCCACUCGCUUCUAACUCCUCUUCACUCAACCUCCUCUUCUCUGCCCCUAAACCGUCAUUUCACAUCAUCUUCAAGCCCUUCUUCUCCUCCUACUCCUCUCUCAAAACCACCGACCACAGUGCUAACCGAAACCCUAGACCCAAUCGCACUUCUUACCAUUCCAAACCCUCCUCCAAUCCAAAAUCAUCUUCUCAGUGGCUCAACAAGUGGCCCCCUCCCGGUCCGCCGCCUCAAUCGCCGGACCGCAGGGUUUCCGACUCCACCGCUCGGGACCGGGCCGGGUAUGUGGAUAAGGACAGAGGACAGAAUGCUAUUGAGAGAAUCGUUCUUCGGUUGCGGAACUUAGGUUUGGGUUCGGAUGAUGAAGAUGAUAACGAUGAUGGUGGUAUUGGAUUGGACGGUGAGAAUGCAAUGCCGGCGCCGACCGGAGGGGAGAAGCUCGGUGAUUUGCUGCAAAGGGAGUGGAUUAGGCCCGAUUUUGUGUUGGCUGAGAAUGAGGGUGAGGAAGACGGCCAGGACGAGAUGGUUUUUCCGUGGGAGAGAGAAGAGGAGAGGAACGAAGAAGGCGGAGUCAAAGGUGUGAGGGGUUUGGAUAAGAGGAGGAUGAGAGCGCCGACUUUGGCUGAGUUGACGAUUGAGGAUGAGGAGCUGAGGAGGUUGAGGAGAAUGGGAACGUCCCUUAGGGAGAGGAUCAGUGUGCCCAAAGCAGGGCUCACUCAGGCGGUUCUUGAGAAGAUUCACGAUAAAUGGAGGAAGGAGGAACUGGUUAGGCUGAAGUUUCAUGAGGUUCUUGCCACCGAUAUGAAAACUGCCCAUGAGAUUGUUGAGCGCCGAACAGGAGGGUUAGUAUUAUGGAGAUCGGGAAGUGUUAUGGUGGUGUACCGUGGGAGUAACUAUGAAGGGCCUUCUAAAGUCUCACCAAAUAAUCGGGAAAGAGAUGACCUUUUUAUCCCAGAUGUUUCUUCUGCUGAAAAUCCAACGACGACAGGUGAUGAUAUGGCAACUUCAGUUUCUGAAAAGAGCAAGAUGGCCGUGAAAACUCCAAUCCCCCUUCAGAACAUGACUGAAGAGGAAGCUGAGUUUCACAGGCUAUUGGAUGAUUUAGGUCCUCGCUUUGAUGAGUGGUGGGGUACGGGAGUAAUUCCAGUUGAUGCUGAUUUACUUCCUCAAAAGAUUCCUGGCUAUAAAACGCCUUUCCGUCUUCUUCCCACUGGAAUGAGAUCACGGUUGACCAAUGCAGAGAUGACUAAUAUGCGGAAACUUGCCAAGACCCUUCCUUGUCAUUUUGCCCUUGGGAGAAAUAGAAAUCAUCAAGGGCUGGCAUGUGCUAUAAUCAAACUUUGGGAGCAAAGCUCGGUUGCGAAGAUUGCUGUGAAACGAGGUAUCCAGAAUACAAACAACAAACUGAUGGCUGAUGAGAUAAAAAGCUUAACAGGUGGUGUUUUACUGCUCAGAAAUAAAUACUACAUUGUCAUUUACCGUGGAAAAGACUUUCUCCCAACAAAUGUAGCUAGUGCUUUGGCUGAAAGACAGAAAUUAGCGAAACAGGUUCAAGAUCUUGAAGAGGAAGUGCGGGUUCAAGAGAUUGAACAAAGAAUUAAGAAGGGAGCAAUGGAUGUGGUUCCAUUAGGAGAUGGGGAAGGUCAGGCACCUGCUGGCACACUGGCUGAGUUUUAUGAGGCUCAAGCAAGAUGGGGAAGAGAAAUAUCUUCUGAAGAACGUGAGAAGAUGAUUAAAGAAGCUGCCAUGGCUAAGCAUGCUAGGAUUUUCAAAAGAAUUGAACAUAAAAUGGCUCUUGCCCAAGCGAAAAAGCUUAGAGCAGAGAAGCUCUUAAGUAAAAUAGAAGCAUCAAUGAUUCCCGCAGGUCCUGAUUAUGAUCAGGAAACAAUCACUGAUGAGGAACGAGUUAUGUUUCGCAGAGUUGGUUUAAGAAUGAAAGCGUACUUGCCUCUUGGAAUACGCGGUGUCUUUGAUGGUGUCAUUGAGAACAUGCACUUGCAUUGGAAGCACAGAGAACUUGUGAAACUAAUAUCGAAGCAGAAAACCCUUGCUUUUGUGGAAGAUACAGCUAGAUUGUUGGAAUUUGAGAGUGGGGGAAUAUUAGUGGCCAUAGAAAGAGUCCCAAAGGGAUAUGCUCUUAUUUAUUACCGGGGAAAGAAUUACCAGCGUCCCAUCAGCUUGAGGCCAAGAAAUCUCUUGACAAAGGCAAAAGCAUUAAAGCGUUCCGUGGCCAUGCAGCGGCAUGAGGCUCUCAGUCAGCACAUAUCUGAUUUGGAGGGGGCCAUAGAGCAAAUGAAAAAUCAAAUUGAUGCUUCUCAGCAUGGAAAGAAUGACAAUAUGGUUGACCAGAAUGAAGGAUACAUCGAUAGUGAGGACGACGAAUUGUUGGAUUCAGAUAACAGUGAGAGCGAUGAUGACGAGGCUGAUUGGGAGGAUGAAGAUGAAGACGAAGACGAAGAUGCUGAUUUGGAUGAUGAUGAUGAGUAAAUUACAAAACAAAAGCUUUGGAAAGCAUGGCUGCUUGCUUACACAGCAAAAAUGGUGACCAUAGAAUAGAGGAUAACAAACCUGGGAUGUUUUACAGAAAAGCCAGCCAAUACUGUUUUUGCUAAACUUGCAUGUUGGCUUGUAUUGUAUCUCAAUUCUUUGAUUUUAAUGAGUUCUAACCAGACCCAGACCCAGACCAGAAGCAGGAAUUCAACUUCUUUGUGCAAGUUUUUUCGACGAGGAUGAAGAUGGCAAUUGAGAGAAUAACAAUUGAAGAGGAAGUUGUUGCAGCCUAUCCAAACUGCUGCGACUUCAUCAGUCGGACGAUGUAAAAUUAAUAAAGUAAAUCUUUGUAUUUUUACAUAGGAUUUGGGUCUUGUAAUCAUUCAGGAAAAUUAGUGUAUUAUUAUUUUUAUUCUCUUU